CACCCUGUUUUGUUUUCUUUUCGGACCAUAGAGGAAGUGAAUUCUACCUUCAGUUUGGUCAGUGGGUUUCAAAUGCUUAGGAAUCACCUGUUUUUUACAUUGACCAUCUCAACAGCUAUCACAUUUACGGUUUUCCAGUGUAGCUAACGUUAGAUUACUUUAGUCAGAACACUGUCGAGCGGUGUUAAAAAAUAUUUUACAGAUUUAGAUCGAACGUCACGGAACCUGGAUAAUAACGUAACGCGAGCCAGCAGCGAGACCACAGAUGUUGGUGAAAAAGAGAGGCCAUACGUGUUUGAUAGCGUCUAGUAUGGCCUCAUUAGUUCUGCUCAUGAUGGUGCUGUACGGCACCCUGAGCACCCAGCAGCCAGGCAGCCACAGCCUCAGACAUGACUAUCAGCUGCUGGGCAGACCCCUGUACAAACUGGACCUGAGCUGGCCCAAGAACUCCGAGCUCUUCACCGGGGAGGUGUUUGGAGUGGCUGUCAACCAGUAUGCUGGUGUGGUGUAUGUGGCUCAGAGAGGUGACAAUGUGCCCAAGGUGCUGGUGUUCACCACAGAUGGAGAUUUCCUCAUGUCCUGGAACACAACCACCCUGGAGAUGCCUCAUGGGAUAUUUCUAGCAGACGCUGCCUCAUCAAACCCCACUGUGUGGAUUACAGAUGUGGGGACGGGCCCGUAUGGCCACUGCAUCAAACAGUACUCCCCAUCUGGGAAGCUCCUGCAGGUGCUUGGUACACCAGGGAAGGCAGGCUCUGGGUUUAACCCUCUACAGUUUGACCAGCCGGCUGAGAUCUUUGUCCAUGACUCUGGAGAGAUCUACAUCGUGGAUGGUGAUGGUGGGAUGAACAACCGUCUCAUCAAGCUGUCCAAAGAGCUGGAGCUGUUGUGGAUGCAUGGUGAGAAAGGACAAGGCAUGGCUCAGUUCUACAUCCCUCACAGUGUGGCUGUGGACAACGACCAGAGGGUGUGGGUUGCCGACAGAGGGAAUAAGAGGAUCCAGGUCUUUAACUCCGUCACCGGGGACUGGCUGGGGACUUGGGGGAGCUGCUUCACCGAGGACGCGCCUUACUCUGUCCGCCUGACCCCGGACAAGAAGUACUUUGUUGUUGUCCAGCUCAACACCAACCAGAUUUCGCUGCUGGAUGCCCCACCAACAGGUUUGAUUGGCCAGUGCAGUGUGGCCAGUGUGAUCCAGCUGGCUGACGAAGUGAAGCCCCACCUGGUAGACCUGGACCUGAAGACAGGGGCCCUGUAUGUGGCUGAGAUUGGAGCUCAGCAGGCUCAGAAGUUCACCCCCUUCAGUCUGGGUGGGAGUUUCCUGUAGAAACACACUGGGCAUUACCAGUCAAUUUCAAAUGGACCAAAAAUGUCCACACUUGUGUUGUGCACCAUAUCUCAUAGGAAUAACAUUUUCAUGCCACUAGUUUGCAACGGCAAAUAUGUUUUGAAUCAAAUGUGAUGUAAUGUGAUCUGGGUAACCUUUUUUUAAAUCAACAAAAUAAGGAAAGGUAAUCAAUGAGAGCAUCUGAAAAGUUAUAAAAUAAUGCCGAACACAGUUUCAAAACGUCCACAAGUCCCAGCAUAUUUAUCCCUUUUCUGACAACUUCCUCUCAUAGCCAAGAAAGCAUGAUGAUCUUUUCCCUGGUCCUGUUUAGGCAACAGAUAGCACUUAGUUAAAGGUUUGGGAAGCUUGUCGGCUCGCUUUAAUAGUAAAAAAGUCAAUGGUGACUUGAAGCAUGAGGCGGGACGUUUUUUCCUGCAACUGCAAUGCAAAGGUAUUCACUGUGCAUUUGUAUCAGGAGAAAAAAAAAAGUAAUAAAAAUAAACAAUCAGAGCAGACUCUGAAUCAGCAGGUACUCAGCUUUACAGGACUGGUAUCAAAAACAUGAUCAGGACAUCCCCAUUUUUAAUCGAGCCAUCUGACACCUGAAUGAGAAAUGCAUGUGAGCAUCACUUGCUGGCUCUUGCUUAGGCUGUGCCUGGUUGUCCCGUUCACUAAUCCAUCCAUGAGACUUGACCAUUUCAUAAUAUUUAAAAAGUUCAUAAUAUUCAAUAUUCAAUUCUCAAUGGAAUUCAAUACAUCACUGAAAAACCUCUACGUCUAUUAUUAAUUGUAAGAUAUAUUUAAUAUGUUUGAAAGAAAAUCACCCCUGCUUUAAACAAAAUAAUAUGCAGCUAAGAGAAUAUGGUAUCAUGCUGUUGCUUAUUUGUCAUCAAUCCACUGUUAUCAAUCAUUUCUAUGUUAAAAAGAAACAACGGGUGAUGAGUUUUUCAUUGUUAUAAGCUGUUUGUGAAGUUCUGUGCCAUUUGUGUUUUUCUUGCACUGCUUUGGAAAGAGGAGGUGUUUCCUUUCUUUACUCCAGGCACUUUAAACUCUUUGUGCUUUUUGGUGUUCAGCCUUUUGCCAGUUUAUGCUUUUUUUGUACGAUUACACGCAUAUGUAUAAAAGGCUAGAACUGAAUUAUUUUGCACACUGAUCUGAGUUGUCUAUAAAUAAAAUUGGAUGUGAUCAUAUUGCAGUGAUUAAAUACACUGUGCGCUAAUUUGCUGGGUCUGUGGGAGAGUGAAUGAGCUGUGAUUUACCGAGAGAAUCAGGGAGGUGCUGCUAGUUCGGGGUCACAGAAAACCAAGAAACUCUCACUGGAUAGAACUGCAGUAUUGUUGCACUUACUGUAUUCUCUUGGCAUUGCAGUGCAAAAUUCAUUGAACUGUAUUUGAAUCAUGAGACUUUUGUUUUCAGGCCCCAGUUUGCUGGUAAUUAUAGUGUAUCUAAAUGGGUCCAUCCAGUUUUACACAUCAAGUUCAGCUCACUCAUCUUGAGGAGUGAGGGCAAAAUCGUAGCUUGACUUUUGGAGAGUACAAAUAAGACAGACAUGAAAAGAUGCGACUGAAUUAUGGGAAAUGUAGCAUAUAGUCUCUUUGGAGUUUGAUCCAUACUAGCCGCUGCUGCUUCAUUCAUGUCUGUAAUGUUUGUAAUCCGUCUCUUCUGAGUCCCCUAACUUGGAACUUGGAACUAUGAAAGUCCAGUCCAACAUCACUGGGGUCCUCCUUUAACAUUACAUGAUUCUUGUGUUCAAACACAGUUGUCGAGGCUCUCUUCUGGGCAACAUUUUGUGAUUGUAAUUAUUUGUCAGAAUGUAUUUUUUAUUUGUUAUAUGUAUUUUAAAUCAGUAUAUCCAGGCAUUGGUUUGUCUCCUCUGAACUGUACUGGAAGCAUUUGGUGGUUUAGAAGUGAUCCAGUUGUUUUUCUCGGUGCAGUUGAGGCUGUCGAGGCCACUUCCAUAUGAUUCCAGUACUUGGUCUGGAAAAAACAGUUUAUUUAUAUGAGAAUUAUCUUAACAGAGCAGACUGUUUCCUCCUGAUGAAUGACUUGCCUAAUUGUUUUGUUUAAUAAAUUCAGAUUUUGUUGUGCCAUACGUGUUUUCAAGACCAUUUCCCUGACAACGUAACUAUCUCAAGAUUCUUAUUUAAUUGAAAUUUAAAGAUAAAUAACUGCAUGAGGUUGUGAACACGAGUUAGCAGCCUUGAAAAUGAAUUGCCGACAUGUGCCCAUUAUGCUUUUAUGUCCUGAUGUAGUUUUAGGAACAGCGUUCUAUAUCAUGCUGAAGGUGAUAUACUAUACAUAAAACAGGCAAAGUGGCCAGUUUAAACAGUGUAGUAAAUUAUUGUAGUAUAAUUGACCUGUUCUGUUUAAAUUGGUUUCAUUUUAGCUUUGUCCAUCUCUACAGUGAAAUGCAGAUGGAGGUUUUUCUUUGCAUAAUAUUCUU